AUGCCUACGAGAUUUAAGUUAAUAUUGUUCUUAUUUACUAUUCUUAUAAGUGAAUGUGUGUCUAGAUCAUUAGAGGAAGAAAACGAGCCGUUCCUUACAGCCCCUAAGUAUACGAAGUAUGAUGAAUUAUUGAAACUGUUUGAUAGUCUGGAAACCACAUACCCGGAUCUUGCUAAAAUUUAUUCUAUCGGGAAGUCCGUUGAAGGCCGCCGACUCUUGGUUAUUCAGAUCAGUACUGAUAUUAAAAAUGAACACUCUGAAAGGCCUUCCUUUAAAUUUGUCGCGAAUAUGCAUGGAGACGAAUCCGUUGGGCGCGAAUUGGUUGUAUUCUUAGCUCAAUAUCUACUUUACAAUUAUGGAAAAGUUGAUAGAAUCACCAAGUUAUUAAAUGAGACAGAUAUCCAUUUGAUGCCUUCACUCAAUCCAGAUGGAUUUGAAGCUAGUUGGGAAGGUUCCUGUGAAACACUCAACGACUAUAAAGGCAGAAACAACGCAAAAGGCGUGGACCUCAAUAGGGACUUUCCCGAUCAAUUCGAUAAGAACAAAUCAAACGAUGACGAAUACAUGUUCGGUGGGAGACAGCCGGAGACCGUAGCGCUGAUGCGAUGGGUCAUGAGCAAGCAGUUUACGCUGUCAGCCAACUUGCAUGGGGGCGCUGUAGUCGCCAGUUAUCCUUAUGAUUCGAGCGCUGACGAAAAACGGGAUUGCUGCGUGGAAAGUACAACUCCUGAUGAUGGAGUAUUCAAGCACCUGGCGUCCGUGUACGCUUCGGCCAACGAGGAUAUGCACAAAGGCGACGCCUGCGAACCGGAAAAAUUCAGUAACGGUCUUACUAACGGCGCUUUUUGGUAUACCGUUAAAGGUGGCAUGCAAGAUUUCAACUACCUCCACUCGAACUGCUUCGAGGUGACUUUUGAGCUAUCCUGCUGCAAGUACCCAUCGGCCUCCGAGUUGCCCAAGUUUUGGAAGAAGAACAAAGAAUCCUUGCUGGCCUAUAUGGAGCAGACCAAUAUCGGAGUACAGGGUUUCGUUUUGGACGAGAGUGGGAAUCCAGUUCAGAAUGCAGUGAUAAAAGUGCAAGGUAUCAACCACACAGUGAAAACUACUAAAGAUGGCGCAUAUUGGAGGCUGCUGCUGCCCGGCGAAUAUAAUAUCACCGCCGUUGCUGCUGGAUACUCAACGCCACCGCCCUCCACAAUACAUGUGACAGCGGAAAGUCCUAUGAAAUUGAACUUGACCGUUCAUCGGCGCCCGCGCACUCUCACAGAUGACUUCUUCCACCACAAUUACGAAGCGAUGGAGAAGUUCCUCAAAGACCUCAAUGCGGAGUAUCUCGAUAUUACCCGGCUCACCAGUAUAGGAAAGUCGGUGGAGGGAAGGGACUUGUAUGUGCUCGAGAUAACUAAGGACCCCGGCCACCACAUAGCUGGCAAACCCGAGUUCAAGUACGUAGCUAACAUGCACGGCAACGAAGUGGUCGGUAGGGAAAUGUUGCUCCUACUGGCGAAGUACCUCUGCCAAGAGUACACCAGCGACCAGCGAAUCCAGAAGUUGUUGAACACCACCAGAAUUCACCUUAUGCCGUCGAUGAACCCCGACGGAUACGAACAUUCCAGAUUACGUGACUACAAGAGCACUCGUGGAAGAAAUAAUGCUCACGACGUAGAUUUGAACAGAAACUUCCCAGACCAAUUUGGACCCACUUCGGAUAAUCUGGAACAAGAGCCAGAAACACGAGCCGUGAUGAACUGGUCGCAGUCCAUUCCGUUCGUGUUAUCGGCUAACCUUCACGGCGGGUCCCUGGUGGCGAACUACCCUUACGAUGCCAACUCCAGAAUGGUGGACGGCAUCGAGAACCUGACGCCGGACAACGACGUGUUUCUGCAUUUGGCUCAUGUGUAUUCCGAUGCGCAUCACAAAAUGCAUUUGGGUCAGCCGUGCGCCAGAGGAAGUCUAGAAAGAUUUCCGGAAGGAAUUACGAAUGGAGCAAAGUGGUAUACCCUAGCUGGAGGCAUGCAAGACUGGAACUACCUUCACACAAACGAUAUGGAGAUUACGCUGGAACUCGGCUGCUACAAGUUCCCACCGGCGAGCGAUUUGCCAUCUUACUGGGACGACAACAGGGAGGCUUUGAUUGCGUUCAUUGAACAGGUACAUUAUGGAGUCCACGGCUUUGUGCACAGUCACAUCGGCCACGGCUUGGCUAACGCCACUGUCAGUGUGGGGGGAAUACGACAUAACGUGAAGACAGCGCAUUUCGGGGACUACUACCGCCUGUUAGUACCGGGAACAUACAAUAUCUCUGUUAGCAAGGAUGGUUACGAGAACGUGACAGAACAAGUGACGGUGCCAGAGAACGGUUCCAUCAGCCUCAACUUCACCCUGAUGCCGGACGACCCUCAACACUGGUCGUCGGCGUACGACUUCCGAGUACUAGAAAACAUAGUGAACACGCGUUACCACACACCGUUGGAGAUGUAUGCUGCACUUGCCGAGCUAGAGAACAGGUUCCCAGACAUAGCCGAGUUCCGCGCUGGAGACAGCUUCAAGACCGCCACUCUUCACGAACUGAAGAUCACUGAUGAUGCUGGCUCGCCGGAAGAAACCAAAUUCCACAUAGCAUUGAUAAGCAAUCUCUACGGCUCUCAGCCGCUCGGCCAAGAAAUGCUCUUGAACUUCGCCCGCCACAUAUCCACGGCGUACCAAAUCGGGGAACCGGUCCAUCGGAGGCUCCUGAAGAACGCCGUCUUCCAUUUUAUACCGAACCUAGACCCCUUGUACGAGAAAGUCUUAAGAAACUUCGACGGCAAUGAAAAGUGCGACGUAGAAUUGUUAGAAGAAGAAUUCGGAGACAGCCUUUACGGGUAUUUGACUAAGAAGGACGUAAACCCGCUUUCGAAUUACAGUCGCGAGAAGGCCUUCGUGGAGCUCCUCGAAAGCGAGAAAUUCGAUCUCGUACUGGAGUUCUCGUCCGGGACAGAAGAUGUCGCUUUUCCAGAUUUCUCGAAGAAUAUUCACGAACAGUUCGCCGCGAGGUAUAGAGAUAAUAGGGCUCUCGUCGAUCGGUACGACUGCAAGCCGCGGAACAACGUUGUCCACGGGAAUCUGAUUGAUCUGCUCUUCGAACGGUUUAAUACGCCGGUAAUUUCAGUCGGCUUGAGUUGCUGCAAGAUGCCGUCAAAUGCGGACAUAGCGUGGGUCUGGAGGGACAAUUUGAGAGGGAUUAUGAAGUUUGUGGAGGUCGCCAAUACUGGUGUUGUCGGGUAUGUGAAGAACGAAGAGGGCGGUGCAGUGAGGGGCGCUAGUCUAGCCAUAACGGGGACUUCGAGGCAGUACCGGGUCUCGCCCAACCUUGCAAGAUACCGCGCGUUACUUCCCCCGGGAGACUAUCGCGUCAUAGUUCGCUGUCACCCGUACCGGGAUCAGAUAUUGAACUGGCGCGUAGUGGAGGGUGUCAUUAAGCAGAAAGACGUGAUCAUGAAGAGAGUCGAUUCCGACACUGUACCGAAUUCAUUGCAGCCGAUACCGAUCCAGAAUAAUCCAGAUAGCGUAUAUAUUACCGGUCUUGCGUUAGACUACAACAGCCAACCUCUACCGACGGACCUCAAAGUGUACCCAGUCGAGUCUAAGCGUCCCCUUGCGGUGAACACUAGCGACAGUAAUGGGAGAUUCCUCAUAUCUCUCCCGGUGACAUAUAUGGGCCGAGAAGUCCGCAUUUUAGCAGAGAGUGAUGGAUAUAUAUCUAUAAGUAGACACGUUAAGGUCAGCGGUAGUGAAAACGUGACGCCGAACAUCCUCUUCAAACUGGAACCCGACGACAAAGUUCUGGGGAUGCCGAGACUGAUCUUCGUCAUGGUGGCGGGCAUAAUAGGCGUGGGCUUGGUCACACUCGGCGCCUGGUGCUUCAGCUGUCGGGAACGCUCAAAGGAUUCGAGGAGGGAUUACUUGUUCACCCAGUUGCCGGCUGAUGAUAAGAGGCCGCUGUGCGACGAUAACGCGUACGAUAUAGUUCGGAAACCUUAUUACGACGAAGAAGACAUUCCACCUUCAGAUACCGACUCGGAAGAUGAGGUGGUCAUUCUAAGAUCGGACUCAGAGUGGAAAACUAUAGAACAAGAAUAA